AUGACACCGCUUGGAAAGAAGGAGCUCCUUCGCUGGGCAGCGGAGGCGAGCGGCAUUCGCCCCUGCGAAAAGUACGCCGACCUGCGUGACGGGGUGGUGCUGCUGGCACUGGCGGGCCGCCUGUUUCCCACCAGCGUCGAUCCUCGACUUGCACGGCGUGGCCCCGUUGACGUGGCGAGGAACUGGGAGGCUCUGCGGCGCAUCAUGGAGCGUCACGGACUGCCGCUGCACUUGUGCGACCGUCAGGCGGUGGCGGCUGGCCACGCCAGGCACUGUUUCAACCUGCUGGUGCUGUUCUACUUCCUUACCCGCCUCUCUCAGGACUCGGAGUUUUGCGUCGACUUUGCCAACCCCGUUGACGCCGGCGUGGCGGCGUUCCUGCAGUCGCCACGGAGCCUGCGCUGCGUCGGAAAGCUCCCCGCGAGAUGCGACGAGCCAGCGCAGGCGGCGGGGGCGGGGGACGAGGCACCGGGAACGGCGAUGAAACUUUUGCGUGGGCGUUCUCUUCCCACGCCGCAGUCGGCCCCACCAUCGUCAUCGGCCACCUCUACUCCUCCCGCUGAUGCCACCGCUGCUGUUGCUUCUGAUGACGAUACCACGACUUGCCUGCCGCCCGAAGCGUUGUCAACUCUUUCCGCUAAGAACAGCUUCGACGAGGAGGCGCAUGCGCGCUGGGGCCGCGACAACGACGGCGCACCAACCCUGCAGGGUCUGCGGCUCGCCAACGCGCGGCUGCGGGAGGAGCUGGAGCAUGUGCGGGUCACCUCACAACUGAUGUUGGCACAGCACCGGGCGCUCCUAGUGGGGGAGGUGGCGCGGACGACGGAGCACUUCGAGGCCCGUCUUGCGCUGCUGCGGCUGGAGCGGGACCACGAGGUGCGGCAGUGCCUGCUCGAUGUGCGGGAGGCGUACGACGGCUUUCUUUGCAACGCGAGGGAAGAGGCACCGCUCGGCAUGCCUGCCACUGCCGCAGCGUCAACAACAGAUGCCUCCCCGUCCGUCGCGUUGCUUGUUGCUUACAGGGCGCUUGAGGCUAAAGUGCACACCUAUGCACAGGAGCUGGCGGAGGCGCGCGACACGGUCCAGCAGCUCCGCAGCGCUUUGCAGCUGCAGCGCGACCGCCACGUGGCGUUAACAGAGCGGAUCUGCCACAUCUGCACUACGGCACCCGGGGCCCGGGCGGUGGCGGACGAGGACGGGUUGUUGCAUCGGAUUGAUGCCAUGCUAGAGACGCAGCCGCAGGCGGUGCGUGAGGCGGUGGCCCUGCGGCUAAAGACGCUGCUGUCGCAGGCCCAGUCUCAAGCGGAAGGCGGCGCCCAGCAGCAAAGCGAGACGCAUGCAGACGAGGGAGUGGUGGUGGCGGCGGCGUAUCUUGGCACAGACGCUGGUGGGGUGCUUUCGGUGAAGGACGAGGUACGGCGCCUCCGUACGCAAAUAGAACGGCUCCGGCAAGCAAACUACUUCCUGCGGCAGCAGCAGUUGCCGCCGCACCCGGAUUGGUACGCGGUGCCGUUGGCCGACGGGUUGGAGUCCCCGUCGUGUACAGUAGAGGCUGAGACGUGCGACGCCAUUUGUGCCCGUGCUAGUGCGGUGGCGGAGGCGCACACACCCGUCGAAUCUCCGGUGCGGCAGGAGCUGCGGCGUCUCGUGCUUGUAGUGCAGAUCCUGCGGGCCCGCGUGCAGUCCGCGACGGACGCCCUGCUGGUGUAUAAGGACAAGCAACAGGGCCUACAUGAGCAGUUGUUGUGCCUGCAGCAGCGUUGCGAUGCGGCGGCACACGAGCAGGCCUGCGCUUCGGAGGCGCGGCAGGAGGAGCUGCAGCUGCGGCAGGAGGCAAGGGAGUCUGCCCUGGCCACGAAGCUGCGCCUGGUGGAGGAGCGCUGCCAGCGGCGGGAGUCCGUCGCGGCGAUGCUGAACGAGCGAGUCCGCGAGAUUGUCUGCGCUGCGCUGCAGCAGGCGCUCAGCCACAGUGGGGCGGCGGCAACAGCCACUGCAACGACUGAGGCACUGCAGCGGGUUUUGGCGGACAUCACGGAGUCGCAGCGCACCCGCGACGCGCUGGAGGCCGCUCUUAGCGAGCUAAGCAGCGAGGUGGCGGUGCUGCGCCACGACCUCGCACGGCGAGAGCUGGCAGUGGCGUCUCUGCGGGCGUCUCUGGCUGCGGCUGAGGCGGCAGGACGGGAGGCGCGCGCGGCCGCAGCGCAGCGCACGGCGGAGGUAAACGCACUGCGUGAGUCUGCAGCGGUGGAGGUGGACGCUUGCCGCCGGUACAUCCAACAUGUUGAGAAGCUGCUGGUGACAACGACGCCGCCGCCGACGCCGGUGAUUAUGGGAGGUUCGCCGCCCCCCCCACUGCCGAGCCUUAUGGGCCUGGCCGCCACGACGGCGAAGACGACGACGCCGGGCGUAGAGGGGAACAACGACGGCCACAGUAGCCUCAGUGACGCGGCAGCAGCAGCGAUGGUAACGGCGGCGUCAGCUGCAUCCUCAGCUAGAACAGCUGCCACGGGCACAACUUCGUCGCUGCUCUCUCCAGAGGAACUGGAGCGACGCAAGAGAGCCAUCCUGGGCAAGUACGGCUUUGCAACUAGACUGUAG